UUAUGCAUUUGUUCUUAGUUUGGCAGACUUGAUGCCUAAAGUAAAGGUACAAGCAGUUGAAACAGUUGAAGGUUGUACCCAUGAGGUUGCUCUUCCUGCAGAUGAAGACUUUAGAACCUUAAAACCAAGAACUGGAAAAGCUGCAAAGGAAUAUCCAUUCAUUCUUGACGCUUUUCAAAGAGAGGCUAUUCUGUGUGUGGAUAACAAUCAGUCAGUUUUAGUGUCUGCUCAUACAUCAGCAGGGAAGACAGUAUGUGCAGAGUAUGCCAUUGCUUUGGCUUUAAGGGAAAAACAACGUGUGAUAUUUACCAGCCCAAUUAAAGCUCUGAGUAACCAAAAAUACCGGGAGAUGUAUGAAGAAUUUCAAGAUGUCGGUUUGAUGACUGGGGAUGUCACCAUUAAUCCUACAGCAUCUUGUCUUGUAAUGACAACAGAGAUUUUGAGAAGUAUGCUUUACAGAGGUUCUGAGGUCAUGCGUGAAGUUGCUUGGGUUAUAUUUGAUGAAAUUCAUUACAUGAGGGAUUCAGAACGUGGUGUGGUAUGGGAAGAAACCAUUAUUCUACUCCCAGACAAUGUUCAUUAUGUGUUUCUUUCUGCCACUAUCCCAAAUGCACGACAAUUUGCUGAAUGGAUAUGCCAUCUUCACAAACAGGUACAAUUUUACAUGGGGCAAAAAGUUUAUGCAUGCACUUUUUUUCUUUCAGAUGAAGAAAAAAGAAUGGUUGAAGAAGUGUUUAACAAUGCAAUAGACUGUUUGUCUGAUGAAGACAAAAAACUUCCUCAGGUUGAGCAUGUACUUCCACUUCUGAAGCGUGGCAUUGGAAUCCACCAUGGGGGUUUGCUUCCUAUUCUAAAGGAAACCAUAGAAAUACUUUUCUCUGAAGGACUGAUAAAGGCCUUAUUUGCGACAGAAACUUUUGCUAUGGGCAUAAAUAUGCCAGCAAGGACAGUGUUGUUCACAAGUGCUCGAAAGUUUGAUGGGAAAGAUUUCCGAUGGAUUACUUCUGGUGAAUAUAUCCAGAUGUCUGGUCGUGCUGGGCGUCGAGGCAUGGAUGAUAGAGGAAUAGUUAUUCUUAUGGUGGAUGAGAAGAUGAGUCCAACAGUUGGAAAACAGCUUCUAAAGGGAUCUGCUGACCCUCUAAACAGUGCUUUCCAUUUGACAUACAAUAUGGUAUUGAAUUUGCUGCGUGUAGAAGAAAUUAAUCCAGAAUACAUGUUAGAAAAGUCUUUUUACCAGUUCCAGCAUUACAGAGCUAUUCCAGGAGUAGUUGAAAAGGUAACUAAGUUGGAACAGCAGUACAAUGAGAUUGAAAUUCCAAAUGAGGAAAAUGUGGUCAUCUACUAUAAAAUCAGACAACAACUUGCUAAACUGGGCAAAGAAAUAGAAGAGUACAUUCACAAGCCAAAGUACUGCUUGCCGUUUUUACAACCAGGAAGAUUAGUAAAAGUAAAAAAUGAAGAUGAUGACUUUGGCUGGGGAGUUGUGGUGAAUUUCUCUAAGAAGUCCAAUGUUAAGCCAAACUCUGGUGAACUGGAUCCACUAUAUGUUGCUGAAGUUCUUUUGCACUGUAGCAAAGAGAGCUUGAAAAAUUCUGCAACUGAGGCUGCAAAGCCAGCAAAACCUGGUGAGAAAGGGGAGAUGCAGGUUGUUCCAGUUUUGGUGCAUCUUCUGUCAGCAAUCAGCAGUGUUCGACUUUAUAUACCAAAAGACUUGAGACCUCUUGAUAAUAGGCAGAGUGUAUUGAAGUCAAUUCAGGAAGUACAGAAACGAUUUCCUGAUGGAGUUCCUUUGCUAGAUCCCAUUGAUGACAUGGGGAUUAAAGAUCCAGGUCUAAAAAAAGUAAUUCAAAAAAUAGAAGCAUUUGAGCAUAGGAUGUAUUCUCAUCCACUUCACAAUGAUUCUAACUUGGAAACUGUGUACAAACUUUGUGAAAGAAAAGCACAGAUUGCUAUAGAUAUUAAAGCAGCAAAACGGGAACUGAAGAAAGCCAGGACAGUUUUACAAAUGGAUGAGCUCAAGUGUCGUAAGCGUGUUUUGAGAAGGUUGGGUUUUGCAACCUCUUCAGAUGUCAUAGAGAUGAAAGGACGAGUUGCUUGUGAAAUUAGCAGUGCAGAUGAGCUGUUGUUGACUGAAAUGAUGUUUAAUGGGCUUUUCAAUGAUUUAUCUGCAGAACAAGCAACUGCUUUACUAAGCUGCUUUGUAUUUCAAGAAAAUUCCAGUGAAAUGCCAAAACUAACAGAACAGUUGGCUGGCCCCCUCCGUCAAAUGCAGGAAUGUGCAAAAAGAAUUGCAAAAGUAUCAGCAGAAGCUAAAUUGGAAAUUGAUGAGGAAAAUUACCUAAACUCCUUUAGGCCUAACUUGAUGGAUGUGGUGCACACAUGGGCUAAUGGAGCAACAUUUGCUCACAUAUGCAAAAUGACAGAUGUCUUUGAAGGGAGCAUAAUUCGAUGUAUGCGGAGGCUAGAAGAACUGCUUCGACAGAUGUGCCAAGCAGCAAAGGCCAUUGGAAACACAGAACUGGAAAACAAAUUUGCAGGAGGCAUUACCAAAAUCAAGAGAGACAUUGUGUUUGCUGCAAGCCUUUACUUGUAGGAAGUGUUUUCUUGAAGUGGUGUGUGAAGAGUACUAGCAUCUAUUCUGCCAUGAAGAUUACCAUUUCUUCCUCUUUCCAAGCAAGACAGAUGCUUAAAUUUCUUAAUUUGUAUGUAUUUCAGCAUGAGCCUUAUACUAGCAAAGCAUAUUACAUAAGCCAUUGCUGUUUGUACAUAAGUAUUAUCACAUUAUUUUAAUUAAAAAAGAGCCAGAAUACUGUGUUUUUAAAGCAAA